CCAGUUUUAUUGAUCUGUUACUUUACAUAAACGUAAUACUGUAGACGUUGGAUCGGAUUUCAUUGAUUAAAAGAAUCUACGCGCAAAAAAAGUUUGGAACAAUUCAUUUUUCUCUUUGAUUCCCGUGAGCUAGCAAUGGCGAGUCGAGUGAAGGAAGAUGAGAAAAAUGAGCGAAUUAUUCGGGGUCUUCUCAAACAACCGGAGAACCGUAGAUGUAUUAACUGCAACAGUUUGGGGCCUCAAUAUGUUUGCACAAGUUUCUGGACGUUUGUUUGCACCAUGUGCAGUGGAAUACAUCGGGAGUUCACGCACAGAGUUAAAUCAGUAUCUAUGGCUAAAUUCACUUCUCAAGAGGUUGCUGCUCUUCAAGAAGGGGGAAAUCAGCGUGCAAAAGAAAUCUAUUUUAAAGAAUGGGAUCCACAACGUAAUUCUGUUCCUGACAGCAGUAAUGUUGAAAGGCUUCGUGACUUCAUUAAGCAUGUCUACGAGGAUAGAAGAUUUAGUGGUGGGAAAAACUAUGACAAGCCUCCAAGAGGAAAGAUGGGUGACAAGGAAGACAUACAUGAGAAUAGGGCAGAUGGAUAUAGGGGAGGGUCCAGAAGUCCACCAUAUGAAGGCCGUUUCAGUGAAACGUCCAGUCCAGGAGGAAGAAAUGAUGACAGAUAUUUGAGAUAUGGUCAUGAUGAAAGGCGAAGUCCUGGAUAUGAUCAAGGAAGUCAACAAUAUAGUGAUUACCGGAAAAGUCCUGCUCGUCAUGAACUUGUCAAUGACUGGCGCAGGGAGGAUAGAUUUGGUAAUGGGAGGAAACCUGAAGAUCAUAGAGUAUCUGAUGGAGAACUGAAGUUGGAAGGUAGGUCACCUGAGCGACCAAAAGAUUUAGAGUCAUCCAGUCCCCCAGUGGCUCGUUCUGUUAGAGAAAUUUUGGGUGAAAAUGUAAUGCCUCUUCGUAUAAGUGAGCCUCCAAAAGCAAAUGGCAGUAGAACUAUUGAUGGCCCUCAGACGCAGAGAACUGCAUCUUCUAGCAGCUUGGGAUCUACCAAUGGGAAUCCAGCAGAAGUUAAGUUGGAGAUGACUGGGAGCUUAAUUGAUUUUGAUGCUGAUCCUGAACCUCCAGUAGCUUCUGCAGUUACUCAGACACAACAAACAACUGUGACCCAAACCAUUCUACAGCCCACGAGUUCUACCAAUGACCAGAACUGGGCAUCUUUUGAUUUUGCUUCUCAGGCUCCUUCAAAUGUGAACACCCUGGACUCUGUUCUUUCUCAAUUGUCUGUUCCACCAUCUGCACCUGGUGAUCAAUCAGGAACUUAUAGCAGUGUCAGUGGACAAGUACCUGCUCCUGUGACCAAUGUGAAUGGAGCACCUCUUGGUGGUAACUCCAAUAUUGCAUUCACAGGGCAGAUCCAAACAUUACCCUUUGGAAGUGUCGCUCCUGCAGCUGCACCAGUUAGCAACUUCUCAACGCUGCUUCCUACUGGUGCUUUGACAGCUGCCCCUAGAUUAACACCUACAAUGCCUGUCGGCAGCAGCAGUUCCCAGGUCGGUGUUUAUAAUGCUGGACAGUGGCCUAAUAAGCAGCAGCAACAGACAUCAUUUUUCUCUGCAGCUGGUGGUCAGUCUAUCACCCAACAAUUUAAUCCACCUGUCGGUGGAACUUCAGCUAAUCAGCCGCAGAAUUUUGCUCCUUCCCAGAAUAUGCUGGGGACUUUGAGUGCAUCAGUUGCACAAAUGCCUCAAGCUGUUUCAAAACCCACCCAUGAUGCCACCUCUACUGUUGCAUCACAGCUUCUUCCUACAGAAACAAAAGAAAGUGGAAGAAAGGAACUACCGGCGGAUCUAUUUACUUUAACCUAUCCUUCCUAUCCUGCUGCUGGACCAGCGUGGCAAACUGGCGCAUCAUAUGGAAUGGGGUUCCCAAUGCAAUAUAAUACUGGAGUGCCAAUGUCUUCAUUUCCACAGUCAUCAAGAUCAAUGAACCCAUUUGAUCUUGGCAGCGAAGCACCUCCAGUUCAAGCACAAACAUUCCCUUCAAUGGCUUCCUUACAAGGUGCUUUACCAAAUGUGCCACCUCCUUCUGGCCCAAUGCGUACUUCUAGCCUCGGUACUCCAUCAUCGACACGGAUGUCACCUCAAUCUUUACCUUAUGCAUCAGGGAUGCAAUUGCCUUCACUCCCUUAUGCAUCAUCUGUGCCACAACGACCUCACCUCGGAGCACAAUUACCUAAUAACUUGCCACCUUCCAGCCAUCAAAUUGGUGGCAUCGGCAACGAAGCAUCUUUUGGUUUUGUAAAUACUGAUCAACAGGUGGCCGGCAGAUUUCCAGCACCAGCUACCCCACAGCCUUUCCCUGCUGUUGGGGGCAACCCAUUCGGGUGAAUAUAAAAGAACAAGAAAAGCAUCCCGGACCCAGACAUCGGGUUAAGCAUCCUCUCGCUGCCCCGUUAAAAUCUAUGGGUGGAAAGUUUUGGUUUCAGUUCAAUUCAUCCAAGCCUUUAUAAAUUCUUCUAAAAUUGUUUGUUUCCGGGUUCAAGGAUGCGAUUUCCAUAUUUGGCCAUAGAUAAUUAGUUUGACGCUCAUAACA